CAUAUACCGCCCUUUGCAUUUACCUUCGCGAGACAAUACCCCUUCAAGACACUUACAACCCUCACCUACCCCAAAUAUAUCACAAAGUCCUAAUCUCAACACAAACCACAUAAACCUAGAAGAAUAAAAACCAUACUCCAAUUCAAACACCAAUCUCUCAGCUAAAACAAUGCCAACCCCCACCCCCACCUCUCCAAUCCUCACCUCGACCCCGCGCCUGCACAUCUCCCUCCUCUCCCCCACCCCACCGCACAGCACCUUCCUCCACCACCUCUGGACGAGCCCAGACUUCACCACCUCCUGCGGCCCCUCGCCCUUCAAAACCCCCGACGACGCCACAACCUUCCUCACCAACCGCCUGCAAAGCAUCUACACCACCUCCAACCACCAGCGCGGGAUCUUCCUCCUCUCCCGUCGACCGCACCCCACCGCCCCGCUCGCCGAAAGCGUCCCCAUCGGCACCAUCUCCCUGAUGCAAGGCACCCCGCCGGACGGAUACAGUGUCCCAGACAUCGGGUUCAGCGUGCUGCCCGAGGAGAGUGGAAGGGGGUAUGCGACCGAGGCCGGGCGGGCGAUGGUGGAGUAUGCCUGCACGGAAUUGGGGGCGGACGGGGUGUUCGGGUUCUGUGAUGUCGACAACGCCCGGAGUCGGCGGGUGUUGGAGAAAAUCGGGUUGGAGUUUCGGGGGGAGAGAGCGCUGAAAGUUUUUGGAGGGAAGAGGAGUGCUGUUUAUGCUUUGUCGGGGAUGGAUGGGGAUUUGGGGGUUUAUGGGCUUGAGGGUUGAGUUAAUCUAUUUCUUUUCUGGAGACGGGAGGGGUUGAGAGAUUGUGGUGUGGUUUUGGGGCUGCUUCAUGUGAUGCGGUAUUCGAGACAGAUCAAGAGAAAUGUGAAUAGUAUUGU